CCUCCUCCUGGGUCUCCUGUUUCAGCUUCAGUGUAGUUUCUCUAUCAGCUCUUCUGCUUUUUCCUUCACUGCCAUAAACAUCAUGGAUUUUAACUCUCAUCGUCGACGACCACCAUUUGAUCAGGAUGUACAGUUUCUCAGCUGCCAGUUAACCACAUACAGACUCUGACUCGACACUUUAUUUCAAUUCCUCCGUUCUGUUUAAAACCUCAAUGGCAAACGUAAAAGUCGCAAUUCGAGUCCGUCCUCUAAACUCAAGGGAAAGAGUGGAUGGAGGGAGAAUAGCUGUACAGGUGGAGGACAAAGUGGUGAGAGUAAGAAAUGUCAAGCUGGAUGGGCGUAUGGAUGUGCGAACUGAGGCUCCAGGUGACUCCAGAGAGAGGCUGUUAGAGUUUCCCUUUGAUUACUGCUACUGGUCCGUGAACCCAGAGGCACCCAACUAUGCAUCACAGGAGGAGGUGUUCCAGGAUCUGGGCAUGUGUGUGUUGACUGGGGCAGCUGAAGGUUACAACGUCUGCCUGUUUGCAUAUGGACAGACAGGCUCAGGGAAAACCUACACCAUGAUGGGCAAUCCAGAUUCUAUUGGAUUGACGCCAAGAAUUUGUCAAGGGCUGUUUCGAUCUGGUAUAGACUCUCCUGAUGGACAGACCUGCAGGGUUGAAGUUAGUUUCUUAGAGAUCUACAACGAGCGAGUACGUGAUCUGCUGAGAGGGGCAGAACAGAAAAAGCCAGUGGCACUGCGUGUGAGGGAGCACCCAGAAAAAGGACCAUAUGUGCAGGGUCUUACUCAGCAUGUGGUAGAGGACCACAAGCAGGCAGCAGAUCUGCUGGAAGUGGGCAUCGCUAACCGCAUCACAGCUGCCACACAUGUUCAUGAUGCUAGCAGCCGAUCACAUGCCAUUUUCAGCAUCCAGUACACACAGGCAAUACUAGAGAAUAACCUUCCAUCUGAAAUAGUAAGCAAGAUCAACCUAGUGGACUUGGCUGGCAGUGAGAGAGCAGACCCUAACUAUUGCAGAGACCGGAUUACUGAAGGAGCCAACAUCAACAAGUCUCUAGUUACUCUGGGAAUCGUCAUAUCUGCACUAGCUCAGAACUCUCAGAUGUGCAGCAGCAGUCAGAGCAUUAACAGCAUGCUGAGUGAGGGCGAGUCCAUCUCGGUCGGCAGUCAGUCCAGUUCCCUGUCCAGCAGCAGCCGCAGACACUGCUUUAUCCCCUACAGAGACUCCGUCCUCACCUGGCUCCUCAAAGACAGCCUGGGUGGCAACUCCAAAACCAUAAUGAUUGCAACAAUCUCGCCGUCUUGCAGCAGCUACAGUGAGACUCUCAGCACCCUCCGCUAUGCGGCUCAUGCCAAGAACAUCGUCAACAAGCCGAGAGUCAAUGAGGAUGCCAGUGUGAGGCUGAUCAGGGAUCUUCGUGAAGAGAUCGAUCGACUGAAGAGCAUGCUGCUGAGCUUCUCUGUGAGAAACCCCAGCCCGUCUCUGAGUGAUGAGAGAGACAGCAGCCUUUCAGACAUAGUCCUGCAGAAUGAACUCAAGAUAGAACAGCUUACUAAAGACUGGUCUGAGAGUUGGCAGGAUAAGCGAGCUCUUCUUGAGCAGUACAGUGUAGACAUUAACCAGGACAGAGCAGGAGUUCAGAUCCAUUCUCUCCAACCCCACCUCAUCUCUCUGGAGCCGGAUGUCCUAAGCACAGGAGUCACCAUUUACCACCUCCGGGAAGGAAUCACUAAAAUUGGACCUCAGGAUCCAAAUGAGGAAGAACCCCAUAUUGACAUUCCAGAGGGUUCUCUUUGUGAAAUUGAGAAUCAGAACGGGGUUGUAACCCUCAAACCCCGAGCACACACAAUCUGCAUGGUCAACAACAGACAGGUCACUGAACCCUGUCGACUUGCACAAGGUGCAGUGAUAACUUUAGCAGGACGUCAGAAGUACCGAUUUAACCACCCUGCAGAGGCAGCAGCUCUGAGGGAAAGGAGACGUAUCAUUGAAGGCGGUCCAUUUAAGGUUCUGACGCCUAACUCAAGGGCAGAAGAAGUAGGCAGUAAGGAAGCCAGCGACAGGUUAGCUCCCUGGCAGAGGCUGGAGGAGCAUCAGCGCUACGUGGAAUGUCUGCGUGAGGAAAUCCUGGUGGAACAGAGAAGAGCUGAGAAAGACUUGGAGAGAGAGCAGGCCCAUCUUUACAAGCAACACUCUGAGAUCCAGCAGUGGAUAUUGCAGGAAAAGCAGCGUCUUGCUGCCAUCAGGGAGAAGGGAACGCUUGACUCAGGGGUCCAGACAGAUAUCAUUCCUCUGCCUGCACUGACUGGCAUUAAUGAGAAUGAGAGCAGUAGGGAAACAAUCCGUCCAUCAUUAAUUGUGGGUGACAGGAAACGGGUGGUACAAGAAGAGCUCCUCAAACACCAUGCGCUCAGAAGAAAUGAGAAUCGAAUUCGCCGCAAACGACUGCGCUAUCAGCUGGAAAGAAUUGCUCGCAAGCGACACCUGCUAGAAGCAAAACAAGGGCUUCAGAGACUGGAGACUGCUCUUUCACUCGGGGUUGAUGCACCCCUGUCCCCUGAUAUUGGGUCUUCUUCAAAACGUAGAGAACACCCAAUGGUGUUGCGAAGGCAUUCUUUUUCUGUUGACCUUUUGUCUCGACUUUACCCUCAACAUGCACCCAUUUUCAGCCAGUUUCUUAGGAGGAACAGAUUAUCUGAGUCGACGUCAUCUCUCUCUAGUGCCACCUUUCCUAGAAAAUGGGUGUCUGAUGAAUGUCUACCAGGGAAGACUAGAGGCCGCUCUAAUACUAUGCCCUCAAGAUGUAGUCAGGGAACUUCAAUUGGUACAGACUCCUCUGAGAACUUCAAAAUGUUAAUGAAGGAAAAUGUACCAUCUGAAGAAAUGACUGAAAGAAAAUCUCUUUCAUCUCCACUUCAAUCAUCCAUCUGGAAUCAUAACAUAUCUGUAAAAACUACAAUGGAUUCAGAUACUAGAGAUAGUAAGAAGGUGCUUCCGAUAAUAAAGCAAUCAAGUAAGCAAAAAAACUCACCUAAUGGAGAAAGAAGUUCACCCAACGAAGUGAACAAGGGCUUGGAGACAAUCCGCAAAGCUCUAUCUCGAUCAGUUGGUUUUGGAAUAAAGAAGGCUUUGUCAAGGGUUUUCCGCAAGCCUCCUUUAGGGUCACGAGGUGGCAAAGGCGCUAAGUCUGCUAGCAGAUUGAAAACUCAAUUUGCUGUAGAAGGAAAGAAAGACAAAAAUUUUGAAGACAUGGCAACGAAGCAACCACAUUCUUCUAUUAAAACAACUGUGUCUUGUGAUGGUUUGGACCAGCUCGUCUCAUUUAAAGAGAAGAAUCCUGGACGCUGGCACAGUGCAGAGACCCUUAAUAAAAAGACCAGAAGAUGGGUCAAGAUGCAACAAAAUCUGACUAACUGGGUAGAGAAUAAUGGUGAUGAAGUGGCUGAUGACUCUUCAGACUGUGACAGCCUUUUCUCAGUGGACUCGCUUUCAUCAGCAUAUGCCAUUGCCUUGGCAGAGCAGCUUCAGCAGGAGGACUGUGAACCGAGUGAGGCGGAGAGUUUGGAAAGUCAGAUGUCCAAGGACUCACUUGUCAAGGAAAGUAGUGGAAGCACUGAUCCAAUUUCAGCACUGAAACUCAGCCACUCCAUUUGUCAUACUUUUAAUUCAUCACCAAUAAAAUCCAAAGAAACGAUUGAGGAGAUUUUCAGGAGUCAAAAGGUAACAAGACAAGAGAUAAAGGAAUCUUCACACUUCUCACAGAUAACAUCUGAUUCCCAGCACCACAGUGAUGCCAGCAUCAAAGAAACAGAAGCCUUCCUUGCUCUUACAGAUGCAUGGUCAUCCACCGAUCCAGCAGAUAGUCCUAGGAUCCUUGGGGCUUUAGAGUUGAAACAAUGCAUACUCUCAGACACCAGCAGCAGCCAAAGCCAGGCUAGUCUAGAGCUGUCUGGUGUAACAACUGGAUACGAAUGCCAAAUUCCACCCUGUUUUGAUUCUACCCAGGGUAAAGAUGUGACAGUUAAGGAAAGAAGUCACAUAUCCUCUGAAAGGGAAAUGGUUUUGGACUAUUUUUUGAGUGAUCUUACCUCUACAUCCUGUUCUACACCUGAAAGCACACUAUUGCAAGGAAAUAAUGAGCAUUUGAAUAACUUGGAGGCACUGAGCACUUCUGCAGAGGCUUCCAACACUCAGAACACAAUGAGCAAUGACACGUUACGUGCAAAUAAACCAACAUCGCCAUCAGAAUUAGCACCAUUAGAAACAAGCGUUGGUGAUAUGUUAACGGUCAAUGCGCCUUUCCAAGACACUGCUGUUCUGAAUAGUUCUUUGAGAUGCCUUCCUGAUAAAUCGCCUGAUAAGUGCUUACAAAGCAAUUCCAAAAAACAAACAGAACUUAUCCUAUCAAGUGAUGAGAUUGUCUUCACUAAAAGUUUUGCACCACAAAAUAACUUGAUAGAAUCAAAAACACAUUCUGAAGAAAGUUGCAUUGCAGUAACACCCUUCAGAGACAGUAAUAUUUUCUCAAAAUGUGAUGGACAAACACUACUAGAACUUCAGCAUUCUCAUAGUACACUUCAGUCAGAAGAAACCUUGAAAAUCAGUAAUAAAUUCAUAUGUCCCAAUAAGGAUCUCCAUCAAUCAGCCAUGCAAAGUAUGAACAUUGAAAAUGAUUUUCAGUGUAAGCCACAAAGCCUAAUGGUUAACCAUGAUGAAAAGAAGGUGAGUGAUGAAAAGUCCUUGGUGCUGCAUCGGGUUCAGUCUACAGAAAAAUAUUCAGAGAGCUAUGAUGCAAGAAGUUCAAAAGAUUACCCUUUUUUAGAAAUUAACAUGUCAGACAGUGCCAACAAAGAAGUGUCUGAUUUUUUAAGACACUGUGAUGCUGUGAUGCUAGAGCAUGAAUCCUGUAACAUACACUCAAGAAAAAGAAGCAAAGAUAUACAAGAUGAUUUAGCAGGUAAUUUGAAAACACCAAAGAGAAGCUGUGUUGAGUCCCUUGUUUCGGGUAAUUCUGCUGUAAAUAAUGUACCGUUCAUGUUUAAUGACAGCAGAGGAAACUCAACAGGCAAACUGCUACCAGUAGAAAAGGACAUAACGGACAAUUUGUCCCAAACGUUUCAGCAAGUUUCUAUAACUGCAUCCAUGGACGGUCAUAUUGAAAUUUACCAAAACAACAAUAAUCCUGCUGCCAGCUUUACAUCUGAAGACAGACCUGUACCUACUGGGAUAAAAGUGUCCACUGGGUGUCCAUUGGGUAUGCAGAACUUAAAAUGUCCUGAUUUAAAGCUUGUGGACAAUGGAAUGUUUGAUAGCAGUGCAUUGAGAAAGAUUAGCCAUGCGAUAAAUGACAAGAUAUCAGAAGUGGUGAAAGAACAUCUGAAGAUAUCACUGCAAGUGGAGAGUGGUGAAGACCUUAAUGAAGAACCAGAGACAAACAGUGAAAAAUCCUUAACAACCAGCAUUGAUGCUCUUACGAAGCCUCAGAACAAAAAUGAAAUGACAGCUGAGGACUCACUUCGCAGUUCUCACACAUCUCAAUGUGUGACUGAAUAUUGUGUUGAUGACAGAGUGAAUGUGGACAACACAAAUGACUGUGUGAGAGACAAAUAUUUAGUAAAAAAUCCCACUGAGAAAAAAGUCAUAGUAGACCACCAAGGAGUUGGUUUCCAUGGCAGUUGUCCGUCUUUGUUGGUAAAGAAGAUCAGUGCAGAAAUAGAAAAUUUAGACACUUAUGAUUCAUAUGGACUUGUGCCGCAAGAUUUGAAAAUAAAUGUACUAGAAGCAACCACUGUCCUACAUGAGGGACCAACUGAUAAUCAUCAAGAAUCAUUAAUUACCAGCCAUUCAAAUGGUUCAAUCAGUGAAGUGACCAGUGAAAGUAACACUAUUCCACUGACUUUUCCACUGGCUUUGAUGUCUGCUUGUAAACAAAACCCUGAAGUAAUUUUAUCUUCUGAAAAUUUCACUGUGGCUGAAGAACAGGACCAGUUCUUUCUGAUGAAAACAAAGUCUAUACCCAUCAGUAUAUCUCCUGAAGGACCAUCUGUAAAGACUGAAGACAACGGAUUUAAUCUUCUAUCUCAUACAAAACACAAGCCAGUUAUCUAUCCUGAAGUAAACAGCAUUUCAGGAGUCUCAAAAGAUAGUUGUGUUGUUACAGUGUCCACUCGUUGCUCAGAAGCAUUGGGGGACCAUGUUGACCAUGUUAAGGAGGCAGUGAAGACUGUGAAAGCAAGCAAAGUAAAUCUGGUAGCUAAAUUUCAGCAGGUGGUGGAGUUAAAUACUGUUGCACAUCUUGACACUGAGGCAGCAAUUCAAUUUCAAAUGAAGAAUGAACAUUCAUUUAAUUCAGAUGGUGCAGAAAAAGAUUCUAGUCCACUUAAAAAACUAGCAUACCAGGAAUGUGCUAGAGAAAAACAUGAAUUCAGCACACAAGAACAACCGCAUGUUGGACAGAACACAAAUAGUUUAAAUGAAGCAAAAGAUAAAAUCAUGGACCUCGAAAACCAUAAUUGUUUGGGAAAACCACAUGAAGAGCCCACAGUUUCUAAAUCUUGCCAGGCUCUAGCCCUCGCUCCUUCAGCGCUACAGAGAGACAAUCAAACACAAAUCAUCCAAAGUGCCAUUAUGAGUGAAAAGCCCUCUAACUGUUUACAAAAGGAAGACGAAUCACUGAGUAAAAAGGACCGUAUGCAGAAUAAAAGGGAAAUUCAGGAACAGUGUGUGAAUGUUCAAAAAGAAAGGAAGAAUUCAAACCAACUGCAAUCUAAUGACACGUAUAUCAUUACUAAGUCUGCCCAAAGACCAGAGCAGAGAGACAUGACAGAGUCUUAUAAAUCAAAGCUUAAAUUGUCACCAUCUAGGUCAUUAAAUACAAAGGAACAUCAGGUUAUUAUUAAUUCUACUGAUGCAACUAAUGGAGAAAAACAACAUACAACAAUAAAUGGUUCAAGACUUGUAUUUUCUAGGACUAAGGAAGAGGGACAGAAAGUAAAGCCGAAGAGAUACAGAAAAGCUCAUUUUACAGCCCCUUUAAGUUCAUCUACUGACUCAACACCUGAUUCAUCCUUAGAUGAGACAGCUAAAUCCAGAGUACAUAAGUGUGGUAUUGCCACUCCAAACAUACCUAGCACUCCUGCUCAUGUAAGAGCAAAGUCAGAAACUAGAAAUAGCUCAUCUGAUGAAUCAAGUACAUCUCUGUCUUUACAAAUGAAUACAGGAUCACUCGAAUCAAAUUCCAAUCAUAAUCAGUGUUAUGGGCCUGGCUCGAAAAAUCCAUACCCUUACAUCAGAGAUGUUACCAUUGUUGAAGCAGAGGAAGUGAGGCAUCUUACUCCAAAGCUAUUUAAAAUGCUUAGUCUAUCAAAGGAUGAUGAAAUGAUUCAUUCAACCAGAUAUAAUUCUGCUCAACACAUAUCACAUGAAAAUGACAAUGAAAGAGCAAAUUCAUUGGAGAAUGAUUCCCUCCAAAAUAGAGAACCUAUUCUACAUUUUGGUUCAAGUGACAUCAACCCCUUUGUUUAUACAAGAAAAAAGGAUCGGUUACUUACAGCUACAUCAAAAAAUCAAGCAUUUGGAAGUGCAGUCAAUAUAUCCAGCCAGCUUACCUCGCUUGAAAGUUCUAGGAAUGGUAUUGCAAGAUGCUGCAGUAUGGACAAUGGGUUAAAUGUCCAGAAUUCUCCUUUCAGUUCUCAUUUGAGCACUUAUGCAGUCCAAAAGGGACUUUCUAGCACGUUGAGUAGUGCUGAAGGUUCCAAAGAACAUUUUUCUAUAGAAUCCAAGCUGAGGGAAUCCUUUCAUACAUCAGUUGCUUGUAACAAUAAGAUAUUAACAGCUUCAGGCAGUGACUCUUGCAAUGAUACCUUUGAUCUAGCCAGUAGCUCAGGCCAGGUAGAUGAAAUAAUGCUGGUCUACUCUUCUGAACAAGAAAAUCAGGAAAUUAAACAGGAUUCGAGAAAAUGUGACCAUGGUACCCAGACAGUCAAGGUUUAUGAGGACGUGGAGAAGAAAUGGAAACACAAGCGGAGCAGUACACAAGUCCUUGUGUCUAGACAGGCACAAGGAACAUCGACCGCAUGGACAAGUCUACAGAAUAUGUCUGAACAUCUUUCUGAGUUGAUUGUCAGCACUUCAGAUCUUCUGGGGAACAUUCAGUGUAUGAGAACAGGGGAAAGUUCUAUGAAAAAAGGGCCAGCAUGCAGUAAAGUUUCAAAGAUACCUUCUGACAAAUAUGCUAAAAGUGAUAGCUCCACUCAAACUGCCACAGAUGUUGGGAUCCAAACUGAGGGCAGUGCACUGCUAAUGAAACAGAACAAAGUUCUCCAGAGAACCUCUCCUGUAAAGAACCCCAAAUCUCAUGAGGUCAAUGUGAUCGUCAAAGUUAUCGGCUCUGAAGUUUGCAAUGUACCAAAGCAAGAAUGUGCCACCGAAUCUAUUGGAGAUGAAGAUGAAAGCAGACAGAGCUUUGAAACUAUUAAAAGUAUGCCUGACUUGCGUCCUGGAGGCUCACCUCCAUCUGAGCAGUUUUGUAGAAAGUUGGACACUGUAAAAAAUCUCUCCUUAGAAACUGUUGGACCAAAUCAGUACCCUUACAAUCCUGUCACAGUAGAUCAUAAAGCUUCCAACACGUUUGGUGUUUGUGCACAGAGAAAAUGCACUUCUCAAGUGUUAGCAAAGGAAAGUCAAACACACAUGAAGCCAAAGAAUUACCCUGAUAAAAGGGUGCUGCUUAUAGACCGUGCCUCUUCGCCUAUUCUCACUGUUGAUGUGACACGAUUACAAAAAAGGAAAAUCAAAUCUGGUACAAUCCACAGUCCCACUGAGAUGCUCUCAAAAACCACCAGAAAUCCACCUGAAAACAAAUCAGUGUCUUCUGUGUCUUUUGAGAACCUAAGAAGCCACAGUUGUGUAAAUGCAGGUUCACCAGAUGCAUACUCCACAGAAGCCUCACCUAGCAUAUAUGUACAAAAUGGAAGAAAGAAACCCUCUCAUGGAGUGCAAAGCAAAGUAGCAAGUCAAGAAAUUUUGUGCAGUCCCCUGUCCCAUAGUCAUUCUUCUGCUGUUAAACACAGGCAACCUGUAGACUUGAGCCAUAACACAUUACCAUCUUCAACACCUAUUAAUCAUAGCCACAGAAGCAGCAUGCAGGAAUAUAAACACAGAGUCUACAAAGAAAUGAACUGCUGGAGUGAUCUGAGCAAAGAUACUUUCCAGUAUCAAGAAGAAGACAGCGUGUCUUUGGCUCUGAGUGACUGCAAUACAGAAGUCCUGGUCAGCAUCAACCCACUAGCUGAAAUCAGCCCACCCCAAGAGGACUAUGGGAUUCCUGAAAACCUGCCAAUGCACAACAAGUUCACCAACUGGUCAGGCAUCAGUCAACAGCCACCAGACAGGCUCACUAAUCAAAACAAUUCAACUGUGGGAAAAUCCCCAGAUAUUAACAGACAUAGUCUCCACCUAUGUUCAGCAGAGUCUGAGAGUCUUGGGUAUAGAUACAAACCAGAUCUCUCGGAAUCAAUACACAGACGGACCAGAGAAAUCGAGAGAUUGAGGAAGGAACGCAAACAGGUUCUUGCUUCAAUGCAAUUAGAUUUGAGUCCUCAUCCUCUGAGUGUUGAGCUCACAGAGGCCAAGUUGCAGUACGGCUUGGGGAAGACAGACACACUGCUGACGAUGCUGAAGUCCAGUGACAGAACAGAGUCUACCAUCUCUACCAAACAGCAGCUGUAUGACAGGCAUAGGAGGAGUAUAGAUGGUUUGAGGAGGGAGAGAGAGGAUCGUCUUCAAACGUCCCGACGAGCUCGAAGUCUCAGCCCCAGCAAGCAUCCAAACUCAACAAUUAACAUGACAGAACAAUCUCAAAGAGCUGUAGCGCUUCCCAGCCGGCAACGGGAGCAUCUGCAGCAGCUACGCAAGGAAGUAGUGGAGAUGUGCAGGGUUCCCAGUGCACAAAGAAGAGAAGGUCCGUAUCCCACUGAUAUUGAACUCCUUCUGCGUGACUACAGUCGUGCACGUGAGGAAGCAAAGACGGAGAUUGCCAAAGCGCGAGUGCGGCUACGUGAGAGGACAGAGCAGGAGAAGCGGAGAUUAGAGCAGCAGGCUCUCUCACAUUCUGUAAAGGAUCAUCUGAAGCUGUGUACACGUGUCAGUAACAGCACCUUGUGCACGGGUUCCAACCUGAGUCUCUCUUCAGGACCUACUUCUGGCUACAAUAGCGGUAAUGCAGCUUUACUGAAAGAUGGUACAUCACCAUCUAUACAGGUCACUGGAGUCUCAGGUAGGGAGUUAAAAGUCAGGUCUCGACCCCCCAUGAUCCCUUCACAAUGUUUACAAGCUCCUCGUGCAUGGCUUUCAGCUCAGGAUAUUCAUCUGGAGAGCUCCGCCUCUGGAUAUGAACUUCACUUCUCCUCCUCUCCAUCAUCUCCUCCUGGACGACAGCGUACCUGUUCCUUCAGCUCUCCCUUAUCCGUUUCUAAUCCGUACCAGGACAUUGCAGACUGUACACUCACAAGUGCAGUAUCAGAGGUCCAUUUAGCCUCUGGAGGAGACGUAAGGAAUCUGCUGGCAGGGAAAGCGGAAGCUGGCUGGAGACACCAGGGUUUAGAGAACAGAGUUCAGACCUUCUAUCGGCCCUCCUCCAGACCCUCUUCUCAUGGGUUUUUGGGUGCCAUGGAGCUGGAGAGACCCUUAGCUAGUCUGUGGAGUUUAAUUCGAGAUCACUCCAAAGCUCAUCUCUACAACAAAUCUCUAAAGUCCACAUGGACACGAUUGCUAGAUGACACUACACAACUAGUCUACCUGCUGACUGAUCCAUCCAACUGUCACAUGAAGCAGCCACGGGAUUUUUGUUGCCUGAGCAUUGAGUCCAAGCAGGAUGAUAUGUGGGUGUUGGCUAUGCAGUCUGUAUUUGAAGAGUCUCUCCCUCGCCCAAGUGUGGACACUGUACGUGGAGAGAUGUUUCCCAGUGCAUGGAUUCUUCAGCACAGCCAUAGGCAGGGCCGAGAGAUUGUCACAGUUAUCUAUCUACUACAGGUUGAUUUGGGAACUCCAACCCUGCCCCAGAGACUGGUGAAUGAAGUAGCCAGGAAGCAAGCAGCUGUAAUUGCAGACCUUGACUCUUUUCUGUCCUUGUGACAAACCCUAUUACUAAUAAGCACUUAAUUAACACUUAUUUCUUCUAACAUUUGCACCUCAUUAUUUUUGUCUGUUCUAUUUUGGUUCUCCUUAUUAGCACUCAUGACUAGUUUAUUUAUAGAACUUGUGAAUUUAUAUGCAUUUUUUUGCCAAAGACUGGACAAAGAAUUGAUGUAGAAAUAUUUAAGAUUUGUCCCCAUUAGUGUAAGCUCUAUUUGUAAAAGUACUUGACAUUAGAUUGCUAUAUAUACAUAUAUAUCACUACAUAGGAUAAUGCAAAUCAAUUCAGUAUUUUAACGGGUGUAGCAGAUUUUUUGUGAACGUCCAAAUCUAAGCUGAUAUAUUUGAAACUUGAAGUUGCAAAGACAUCUUGAUUGAGCAUGUCAGAAUGUAUAAUAUGCAGCACACUGCUCCUGCAUUGACAUGCACAACAUAUAUCUAUACUUCUACCCAAAGGUAGAGCAUGCAGUUACAUUUCUGCACUACACUAGACUAAAAGUCAUAUAACGCUGAACUGAGGAAAGUCUUGCCACUUUUACUGACUAUUGCCACUUGGUGGCAUUUGCAGUAUUUUUUUUUAUUUUUUUAAGAAAUAUGCAAUGUUAAGCUUUCUUAAAUGAUUUUCUAGUAUGAACAAACUUCAUCACACUCACUGUCUUAGCAAACACUAUUGUUUAAUCGUACUCACAAUAGCAAUAACUCUUUACUCAGAGGUUGGACCAAUAGGACAGUUUAUGAAUUGAGUGAUGCAAUCAUCCUUUAGCAUGGAUAUAUAUAUAAUAUACAUGUAUUUUGUUUAUGGAAAAAAAAAAUCUGAAAAAACAUAUCUGACAGGUCUGUAUUACAUGGCCAUACUGCACGUUAUUUCACUCUAGAACUAAAUGCUGAAUUGUACAGUAUGAGUAGCAUAAAAUACAGCCAUCACCACACACCCGUCUUUAUUCUAAUAAUUAGAACAUCAAGGACUUGAAAAAGUUGCUGAGUGGUACUGAUACCUGGAUAUUGUAGCUAUGAGAGCAACACUGAGAGAAAUGACACCUAUACACUUUUGUGGUCAAGGUUAUUUAGAUCAGGAUUUUCUAAAGCACUGUAGAUUUAUAGAAAGUUUCUAUUAAACGUCCUAAAUGAGGGACAUGAAUUUAUUUUUGAAAGAGGAAUAGCAGACAUGCUUAUGAAGGAAGUUUCUCUUUUCUCUUUAACAUUUUUAUUUUAUAUACCAGAUACCUGACAGAACAAAUAUUGCCGUAUGUAAUCACUCUUAUUUAAAUGUAAAACUAUUUUGUUAAUUUGUUUGGCUUUAAAUAAUUGCAUAUUUAUGUUUUUAUACUUUUGUUAAAUAUAAAGGUUCAUUUUCCAAACAAUUUGCCUUUUUUCUUCUUAUUUUCUACUCAAUCUUCCAAUUCACACUCACCUGUCAGCUCUCCU